ACUAAGAGAUGGAAAGAAGUUUCUCUUCAGUCUACCUUCUCUGCAGCUACAGCCAAGGACAGGUAGUCUCAGCCUCAAUGCAUCACCUCUCUCCCUGCUGCUCCCUCUGCCCAGCAGGUAGGAUGGGGAUAGAGCUCUACCUGGACUUGCUCUCACCACCCUGCCGAUCCGUCUACAUCUUUGCCAAGAAGAACAACAUCCCCUUCACAUUCAAACAAAUGGAGGUACUCAAAGGGCAACAGCACAGUGACGGAUUUGGCAAGGUGAACAUCCUGAGGAAAGUGCCAGCACUGAAGGAUGGAGGUUUCACCUUAGCAGAGAGCCCUGCAAUUCUUACCUACCUGAGUCAGAAGUAUAAAACCCCUGACCACUGGUACCCAUUGGAUAUGAAGAAACGAGCCCGGGUAGAUGAAUACCUGUCUUGGCAUCAUUCUGCCAUCCGGUCAAGUGUUUUCAAGAUAUUCUGGCUCAAGAAUAUGGACAGGACCUUCUGUCCGAGGGCCUCAACCUUUGCAAAAGGGUUGGAAGGACUAUGGCUUACUAAGUGUCUGACUGAUUGGAGACCUCUGGUGGUGUUUCCUUUAUACAUGGACCAGACAGCUCCUGAAGAGAAGCUGCAGGAAGCGUUAGAGGACCUGACCAUUCCCCUGAAGCAAUUAGAGGAGAAGUUCCUGCAGGACAAGCCCUUCCUUGUAGGCAACAUGAUUUCUCUGGCAGACCUGGUGGCAGUUACAGAGCUCAUGCAGCUUAUAGCAAUUGGUUAUAACAUCUUGGAGGACAUGCCCAAGCUGGUGGAGUGGCGCAAUCGAGUGGAGAAAGCUGUGGGGAAGGAGCUUUUCCAGGAAGUGCAUAAAGUGAUUCUGAAUUUCCAGGAUUUGAAUAGCAUGCUGAUUGAGCCGCAACUGAAAGAGCAAAUGAAACCUAGGCUGCUGAAGAUGGUGGCCUGAAAUAUUUAUUUAAAAAAUUGUAACAGUACAUUUAUUUCUGUUGCAUCUUGUGGUC